UCUGUGUCCCAAUUUGGGCGCAAACAUGACGACUGAGAGCUCACAGCAACAUCUGGACUCGUCUCAUUCUCUGAGAUCCAGCCCAGCAGCCGGAGUGAUGCACGCCACUCAGAUGAGCACACAGCCAGUGGCGGAGAGCUCACCAAAUGCGUCAAACAAAAGGAAAAAGGGCAACUCUGGCUUGAGGCGUCCUGAGAAGCCGCCCUAUUCAUACAUCGCCCUUAUUGUGAUGGCUAUUCAAAGCUCCUCGACAAAGAGGCUUACUCUGGCUGAAAUCUAUCAGUUUCUUCAGGCCCGUUUCCCGUUCUUUAGGGGGUCUUACCAGGGAUGGAAAAACUCUGUGAGGCACAACCUGUCUCUAAAUGAGUGCUUCAUAAAACUGCCCAAGGGCCUCGGCAGACCAGGCAAGGGACACUACUGGACCAUAGACCCGGGCAGCGAGUUUAUGUUCGAAGAGGGGUCCUUCCGUCGCAGACCUCGCGGAUUCCGUAGGAAAUGCCAAGCUCUGAAACCCAUGUAUCGAAUGAUGAAUGGCAUGGGCUUUGGCGCGUCGAUACUGCCCCAAAACUUCGAUUUCCAGAACCCCUCUGCGUCCUUGGCAUGUCAUAAUGGUUACAACUUGGACGUGAUGGGGAACACGGUGCCAGGGAGCUACGACGGGCUGGGUGGAGGGCUUCAUGUUCCUCACAUGUCGCCAAGCCCCGGGUCCACCUACAUGGCUGCCUGUCAGGUGUCGUCUAAUGGAGAAUACUGCCCAGACAACAGUAGUAGCCCUCUGCACUCAUCGCCGGCGGCGAUGGCAGCAGGCACCUUGGACUGUCACUCUCCCUAUACCAGUGCCUCCUCACACUGGACAUCACCAGGUGUGUCUCCAUACAUCAAGCAGCAAUCCCUGGCCUCAAACAGUCCCACAUCCUCUGCCUUGCACUCGAGUAUAUCCCCUUACUCUCUGGAGCAAAGCUAUCGCCAUCACAACGGAAGAGACUCAUCUGAUAUUUCAAUGGGAUUAUCUCGAUACUCAAGCCAUUCAUCGCCAGUAUGUGACAGGAAAGAUUUAGUUCUGAACUUUAACGGAAUCUCUUCAUUUCACCCGCCAACUGCCAAUGGAUCGUACUACCACCAGCUACAUCACCAUCACCAGAAUGUCUAUCAGGACGUCAAGCCAUGCGUCUUGUGAAAUCAACGCGUUAAGACCACUGCCAUCUUGGAUGAGGAUCACAACAACUACACAGCUACUAUAUACAAGCCAUACGCUUCCUUGUCAUUUGUCCCAGAUGUCAAGACCUGUAAAAAUGGGGGUGGGGGGGGGUUAGGCUAUAUACAAAAUGUCAGUCACUCUGUCUGUGAGAACAUCCAUGCCAUAACACCUUUCCGGAGAAAUGAAACACUUUAGGACUGAGUGCAUGGAGUAAAAUUGGAAGAAAAAAAUACAUACAUGUAGCCUAUUGUCAUUGUUAAGCACGGCUCAGACAGCUAUUGGAUAUAGUUGAUCAAUGACAUCUUAAGUCAGCCUUCAAACUCUGUCACCAUGCCAUGAUGCAUUCAGGAGUGAACUAAUUGUGUCGUUUCAUUCAUAUUGUAGGCUAGUGUUUGAGUAUAAGUCAUCAACACGGAUAAAA